CUGCGCGAUACUGGGAGCUUUAGGAAAUCAACGCUAGGCAGUCGUUGCCACCAAAGAUCAUCCGCACUAUGAUCGCUGGUUGCUACGCUCCCGCUCCUCCCUUUUCAGCUUGGUGGUGUUGUCGCUAGGACCGGCAGUGGAGGGGGAGAGGUGUCUCGCUGACGAGCUCUGCGGCCCCUCAUGGAUUUAGAAGUGUAUCAAAAAAGCGAAACUUUGUCUCUUCGCCAGAAGUUGAUCGCACCUUUUUGUAGGCUAUUUUUCCCAGAUGAUCCGAUCAAAAUUGUCAGAGCCCAAGGCCAAUACCUGUUUGAUGAGAUGGAAAGAAGAUACCUGGACUGUAUUACCAAUGUUGCUCACGUUGGACAUUGUCACCCAGAUGUUGUGAAAGCUGGAUCAUUACAGAUGGCAACAUUGAACAUAAAUUCACGUUUUCUGCACGACCAUAUAGUCCAAUAUGCCAAGAAGUUAUCGGAGACGCUGCCGGAGAAACUAUCAAAUUUCUAUUUUGUGAACUCGGGUUCAGAGGCAAAUGAUCUUGCACUCCAGCUAGCCCAACGAUACACGCAGCAUGAAGACAUUGUUGUGCUGGAGAGCGCCUACCAUGGACACCUUAAUUCAUUGAUAGAUAUUAGUCCUUACAAGUUCAAGAAAUUAAGGCCGCAAAAGGAUUGGGUUCAUGUGGUGCCUAUCCCAGACACCUACAGAGGAAUAUACAGGGAGGAUCAUCCAGACCCAUCGUCGGCCUAUGCAAGUGAGGUGAAGACUGUGAUUGAUGAAAUAGAAAAGAAAAAUCGCAAGGUUGCUGCAUUUUUUGCGGAAUCUUUACCAAGUGUUGCAGGUCAGAUAAUUCCACCUGCAGGAUAUUUCCAGAAGGUAGCAGAGCAUAUUCGGAAUGCUGGGGGAUUGUUUGUUGCUGAUGAAAUCCAAGUUGGAUUUGGAAGAGUUGGCAAGCACUUUUGGGCAUUCCAGUUGCAAGGCGAGGACUUUGUACCAGACAUUGUUACCAUGGGGAAACCCAUUGGAAAUGGACAUCCUUUAGCCUGUGUUGCUACAACCAAAGAAAUAGCAGGUGCAUUUGCAGCAACAGGAGUAGAGUAUUUUAACACAUUUGGAGGAAGUCCUGUAUCUUGUGCAAUCGGGCUCGCUGUUUUAGAGGUCAUUGAAAAGGAAGACCUGCGUGGAAAUGCAACAAGAGUGGGUACCUACAUGAUGAAUUUGUUCAAUGAGCAAAAAUCCAAACAUCCAAUCAUCGGUGAUGUCAGGGGUGUUGGCUUAUUUAUCGGAGUAGAGCUUGUAAAAGAUCGACAACAGAGGACGCCUGCCACGGAAGAAGCUGAAUAUGUAGUUGCAAGGUUGAAGAAAGAAUUUAUUGUAAUUAGUAGCGAUGGACCAGAUGGAAAUGUUCUCAAGAUUAAACCCCCUAUGUGCUUCAACGUGGAGGAUGCUCAAUUUAUUGUUGAAAAAGUUGACAGUGUACUUACUGAAAUGGAGAUGAAUAAAACGUGCACGACUUGAAUAAGUUGAAAUGGCCAAACCUGUGGAGCCAAUAGUUCCAAACCACAUGAAAACUGCAACAUCAGAAAUGGAUUCACCAGUCCUAAUGGUAUUUAGUAAUUAAAGUCUAAAUUUUGUUUAAGUGUUUUCCAUAUCCUUUCAAUACUUACAUUUUGACCAUGGUUUUUGUAUUCGCAGCUUAUUUAGUUAUCUCUUCUCAUUACCCCUGUGGUGGCACAUCAUGUCAUUCUACUGCAGUGUAAAUAGUGUCAAAGUUAUAUACUUUGAAAGUAUAAGAAAAACUUAUAUUGAAACUUAUAUAGAAAGUAUAAGAAAAACAGUCUAACUGUAACCUCUGUCAGUCUGCAAUGUCUAAUGUUUUAAUAAUGAUCGGAUGUUUUGAUAUUAAUCUGGAGUCUGAAGGAGGGACCAGACUAUAAUCUUCACCUAUCCAUAUGUUGCUCAAUCUGCUCUGCUGCGUAACUCCAGCACUGUCAUUUUGACAUUAAUACGCACAACUGAUAUCUGCAGGCAGCUCCAGAUCAGUCAUAUUCAAUCAAAACAAUUAAUCACGAGUUUCCUCAAACUUCAGGAAGAGAUAACUACUUCAAGAUGCUGCAUUCACAAGCUUUGAGUUAAUAUCUAAUGCCUUUAAUUUACUUAAAUGGCAAUGACAGCUCAGAACCAAAACAAACUAACAAAUUUGAAAACUCAUUCAACCCAAAAUACACAAAAGGAACUUUAUUUCAGGAACUUGGAUUGCUUCAAUAAACAAGUCAUUAAUGCAAAUCCAGUAAUUUUAUGUAAAAUACAAACUUACAUAAUACAUUAUCAGCAUCCAUUGGGUACCAAAAAGUAUAGUAAAAAAACACUUCCAUCACAGGAAAUGUACGACAUAAAGACAGACUACAAAAUUAAAAAGUUGUAAAACUUCCCUAAAACAAUCUGUUCUGUACAUUUGGGGAGUCAUCCAGAAAACAGUUCAAAGAAAGCGGUCCAAUAGCAACACAGUUGCAUCAGAGGACCCGUGUAAGCAUUUGCCAAGUUGAUGACCUGAAAGAGCAUGAACAAACACCAUCAGUGCCUACAAAUUAAUAAAUCCAGGUGCAUACAAUAUGUCAAGUUUAUGGUUUCAUAUGGCUUUGGUCUACAUUAAUAUUGAUUGAAAAAUUGAAACUAUUCUCUCCCGUGACCACAAACUCACCAUAUGCCCAAAUUCAAAUACCAACCGCAUAACUUAUUUCUCACAUCAUUUCAGAAUGCACAUCAUGCCAGAAAUUAUUAAAUACCUUUUGAACAAUA